AUGUCUGUGGACCAGAAAGAAAACACGUUGCCUCCCCGAAGGCUCACAAAAGAUCUGCUGAAACAAACCAAGGAGCUCAGAGAUCAGUUAGAAGUAGAGAGGAAGGAACACCAGGCCUCCCAAAAGGCCCUGCAGCUUGAGAACCAGGUCUUAAGAGAGAGAAUGAAUGAGAUGGUUAAAAAUCAUGUCCAACAGACGCUGGCAUUAAAGAAUCGCUGGCAAGCCAAGUGUGACAAACAUGUAAAAAAGGAGAGAGAUCAUUGGGAAGAAAAAAUUGAAGCCAAAGAUGAAUAUAUUCAGCGUCUAGAAGACCAACAUUUCGCAGAAAAUGAAGACCUAUGCAAUACGGCACAAAUAUACAAAGAUCAGGUCCAGUCCCUUUUGAAGACCCUCAAUCUGAGGAUAGAGCAGAGCAACUCUCUGCAAAAGCUCCUGCAAGAGGAGCAGAACAAGAAUGAGGCCCUCAAUGAUCAGCUGAAAGAGGAAAUAAAGGCCAAAACUGCAGCACAGCAAGAGGCGGUGCAGCUGCAGAAACAGAGGGACAAGCUUCAAGCAAAACUGGGGACUCUCACAUGUGUCCUGGACCAAAAGAGGCAUGCAAACCAAGAGGCCAUGAAGAAGAAUAAGGCCAUCAACAAUCAGGUGAAAGAGGAGGCAAAGGCCAAAACUGCGGCACAGAAAGACGUGGAGCAGCUACAGAGAGAGAGAGACAAUCUUCAAACUAAAGUGUUGUCUCUCACAGCCGCCCUGGACCAAGAGAGUCAUGAAAAGGAACAACUGCAGGCCAAAGUGCAGGAGAAGGAGAGGACAAUAGACUCUCUCACAGCCGAUGUUUCAUCUUUAAGAUUUGCUUCGAACAAGGAGAAAACAAAGAUCAGCGCUUCAAGUCAGAAACAAAUAGACAGUCUACAAAAGACAGUUCUAAAAACUGAACAGGAGAUGACAUGCCUGAAGGAAACCCAUGAAAAACAGAUGUGGACAAUGAAGUUAAAGGUGCAGGAGAUAUCAGAGGCUCUGAACACUUCAAAGAGCAACAACUCUGCUCUGAAGCCAGAACAUGAAGAGCUUCAGGAAACCACGGAAAGGAAACAGGAGAAAAGGGUGAAGUGGUGGAGAAAGUGGUCGUUCUGGAGAGGAGCACAGGUCCAUCCUAUGAGUGUUGCGUCUGUUUAA